CCUCCCCUUCCCUCCCCCCCCAACCCCGCCCACCUCGAUCAACUUCCGGCGGGACAUCCCCGCUUAUAUAUAGCCCCCUCCCCCCAUCCCCCUCCUUCUCUUCCGGUUCAGCGGAGCAAGACGCAAUGUCUCACCGCAAGUUCUCGGCCCCCCGGCACGGCUCGCUGGGCUUCCUGCCGCGCAAGCGCUCGAGACGCCACCGGGGCAAGGUGAAGAGCUUCCCCCGGGACGCCGGUGCCGGCGUGCCGGUGCACCUCACCGCCUUCAUGGGCUACAAGGCCGGCAUGACCCACGUCGUCCGCGAGGUGGACCGGCCGGGAUCCAAGAUGAAUAAGAAGGAGGUGGUGGAGGCGGUGACGGUGGUGGAGGCUCCCCCCGUGGUGGUGGUGGGUGUGGUUGGCUACGUCACCUCACCGCGUGGACUCCGCUCCCUCAAGACGGUGUUCGCCGAGCACCUGAGUGACGAGUGCAAGCGGCGCUUCUACAAGAACUGGUACAAGUGCAAGAAGAAGGCCUUCACCAAGGCCUGCCGCAAGUGGCAGGAUGAGGAUGGCAAGAAACAGCUGGACAAGGACUUUGCGUGCAUGGUCAAGUACUGCCAGGUCAUCCGUGUCAUCGUGCACACACAGAUGAAGCUGCUGCCCCUGCGUCAGAAGCGUGCCCACCUCAUGGAGGUGCAGCUCAACGGGGGCUCGGUGCGCGACAAGGUGGAGUGGGCUCGCUCUCACCUAGAGCAGAAGGUGGGCGUGUCCAGCGUGUUCGCCCAGGACGAGAUGAUCGACGUCAUCGGGGUCACCAAGGGGCACGGCUUCAAGGGCGUGACGUCACGCUGGCACACGAAGAAGCUUCCCCGCAAGACCCACAAGGGCCUCCGCAAGGUGGCCUGCAUCGGGGCCUGGCACCCAGCGCGAGUGGCCUUCAGCGUGCCACGUGCAGGCCAGAAGGGCUACCACCAUCGCACGGAGACCAACAAGAAGGUGGGGGGACUGUGGGGGGUAGAGAGA